AUGGAAGACUUAGUCACUGAAAACCUAAAAAGGACUUAUUGCCUAUUUGCAGCUAACCAAGGUGCUAGAGUCAAAAGGCCUCGUGAUAUAGAUAUUCUUGUAAAUGACACAAAAUCCCGCUCCUUUUAUAAAGGAAUUCCUGAUGUAGUAGAAGAAGUGAUUAAAAAGAGAAAAAUUGAAGAAAAAAAGCUUGAAAACCCCAGCUAUAACCCGAAUACAGAUAUUGACUCGUUAAAAGCAUUGCUUAGCAGACGAGAAGAAGAAUCAAAAUCCUCGCAAUUGGCGAUUUUCCAAGACAAACAUUUAAAUCUUAGGCUGAAAACAAUAGAGCCUGUAUGGCAUCCUCAAUGGAAACUUAUGAGGGUUAUAAGUGGUCACCAAGGCUGGGUGCGCUGCAUAACAGUUGACCCUACGAAUAGCUGGUUUGCAACUGGUAGCAAUGACCGUAUGAUAAAAAUUUGGGAUUUGGCGAGUGGACAAUUAAAGCUUUCCCUUGUAGGGCAUAUUAAUGCAGUUGAAUAUUUAAAAAUUAAAUUAAAGGUUAUGCUGGCCAUAAGUGGGAAACCACUAGAAUCACCUGUCCAAGGUAUCAGCAGAGCCAUCGUCUGUAGAGUGCCCCGAUAAUCUCGAUGCGAGAAGAUUAUGUGGUAGGCAAAACCUGUCUAACCCAUCUGGCAUGGCAGGAAAAAAUUUGGGGAGAAACAAAACUUCCGCGCUCGGGCAAGACAUCCUUAGCCUGGAGGCCUACUUCAAAAAGGACAGAGGCUCUGUUUUUAGCUUCAUCAAGGCGGUUAAUACCUGUUCCAUAAGAAUGCACCUUGGAGUCCAAUUUUUGUCAACAUCACCAUUUUAUUUCUUAAUGUAGUUAGGGAUUUAGUGGCAAGUGACAGACAUUCAUAUUUGUUUUCAUGCAGUGAAGAUAAGACCAUAAAUUGCUGGGACUUGGAGUAUAAUAAAAUUAUUAGGCAUUACCAUGGGCAUUUGAAUGGGGUGUAUUCGUUGUCUAUACAUCCAACGCUAGAUUUGCUGUUUAGUACAAGUAGAGAUUGUACGUGUAGAGUAUGGGAUAUUAGGAUGCUGAAAAAAUAAAAAUAAUUAAUUAUUUAAUGACUUUUAUAUUAAUUUUAAAUAAAAAAUAUUAGGACAAAAGCUCAAGUUAUGGUACUUGAAGGACACACAGGAACUGUUUGGGAUGUGGCUUCCCAAGCUCCUGAGCCACAAAUAAUUACAGGUUCUGCAGAUACCUUUAUAAAACUAUGAGAUUUAUCAACAGGAAGAUGCAUGAACACUCUAACAAGGCAUAAAAAAGCUAUUAGAGCUGUAAAAUUCCAUCAUGAAGAUUAUGCUUUUAUAUCAGCUGCAGCUGAUAACUUAAAACUUUGAAAAUGCCCAGAAGGUGAAUUUUUAAGAAAUUUUCCAGGAAAUGGGUCAAUAAUCAACGAUAUUGCUAUAAAUGAAGACAAUGUUCUAGUAACAGGAGGAGAUGACGGAGUCUUAUCUUUUUGGGACUAUUCCUCAGGUUAUAAUUUUCAAAAUAUCCAAACACAAGUCCAGCCAGGCUCACUAAGCUGUGAAGCUGGUAUUUUUGCUACAUGUUUCGAUAGGUCUGGCCUUAGACUUAUUACAGCUGAAUGUGACAAAACUAUCAAGAUUUAUAAAGAAGACGAAAAUUCUUCAAUUUCUUCCCACCCUAUCCCUCCAGAAGCCAAAGUGUUUAUUAAACCUAAAUAUUAA